ACGACACCCGUUUCCUUCUUCAUCUAAAGCAUUAAACCAAAAAAACGGUUCACCAAAAAUUUCAGAGAAAAUGAAACAAACGGACUCAUCAAAAGUGAUCGGUUAACUCGGGACCUCAACUCAAUUUGAUUAUUCAAGUUUGUCCUAAGCUUAACAGUCCAAAAUUGCAAUUUUUGAUCAGUUUUACUUGGAGUAGGAAUUCAAUUUUGGAGAACUCUAUUAUUGAGUUGGGAACUUGCGUUUUAGGCUUGACGCAGUUGUGAUGUUUAUUUCUGGUUGAUGGUCAAACGAUGGCUAGAGUUAGGGAUAGAACUGAAGAUUUCAAAGACGCAGUUAGGCAUACAGCUGUUUCAUUGGGAUACAAUGAGCCCAAAUUGGCAGCUAUAUUGGCAUCUUUUAUCAUUCAUAAACCUAAGCAACGCUCUCCUUUUACCAAGGCUGCUCUGACAACGCUUGCAAGCAUCGGAACUCUGGAACAAUUUAUACUGAAGCAUAGGAAGGAUUAUGUUGAUCUCCACCGGACUACUGAACAGGAAAGGGAUAGUAUUGAACAAGAGGUUAUGGCAUUUAUCAAAGCAUGUAAAGAGCAAAUUGAUUUUCUCAAAAACAGCAUAAACGCUGAAGAAACGAGCUCAAAGGGAUGGCUUGGCAUUAGGGCUGAUAGCUCCAAUGCUGAUACUGUUGCACACAAACAUGGAGUGGUUUUAAUUCUUAGCGAGAAACUCCAUUCUGUAACAGCUCAGUUUGAUCAACUAAGAGCCAAGCGAUUCCAAGAUGCUAUUAAUAAAAGGAUGCCAAGAAGAAAACCUAACCGGGUUGUGACUCCAAGUCCCACAGAUUCAUCUAAAAUGAACAAGUCAGAGCUUCAAGAGCCUGAUGAAAUUCACUCUGAGCCUCUUACAGCUCAGCAGCAGUUAUUAGAUGAUGAAACUCGUGCACUUCAGGUAGAGUUGACUAGUCUUCUAGAUGCAGCUCAACAAACUGAAACUAAGAUGGUUGAAAUGUCUGCACUGAAUCACCUAAUGUCCACUCAUGUUCUGCAACAAGCACAACAGAUAGAGGUUCUGUAUGAACAGGCAAUGGAAGCUACAAAAAAUGUUGAGCUUGGGAACAAAGAGUUGUCUCAAGCUAUACAGAGAAAUAGCAGUAGCAGGACUUUUCUCUUGCUCUUUCUGUUUGUACUUACUUUUUCAGUCCUCUUUCUUGACUGGUAUAGUUGAAUGGAGUUUAUUGUCAUUCUUACAUAGCAUAUUUUCCCUUCAUGUUUUUGUUUGUACUUGGUCUAUUACUCUCUUAAAUGAUAUAGUUGAAGGGAUUGCUAUUG